GGAAAAAGAAAUAGGCAUUAGAAAUGGUUGGGAAUGGAAAUGGAAAUGGAAAUGGAAACAGCAAGGAUGGGUUUUUACCAGACGACGUCCUCAUCAACAUUCUGAAAAGGGUUCUUGUCAAAUCCUUAAUUCGAUUCAAAUGUGUCUCCAAAGAUUGGUUAAACCUCUUACAAACCCCUUAUUUCACUGAACAACAUCUUCACCACUCUUCCCACAACAGCACCUUUCUUCUCCUCCAACGAAUCCCUCAUUCAUUUCAUCGUCCUUCACUAACCGCUUCCGAGUGUUUGAUUGGACCCGACUUUACCGUUCACCAUCCCCAAUUCAUCGAUUUCACUUCACCCGAUGCUAUGAUUGUUGGUUCCUGCAACGGCUUGUUAUGCGUUAGACACUCCAACUACAAGCUUUCCCUUUUCAACCCAGCAACAAGGCAAAUCAGACAUAUACCUGAAACCCUAAUUCACGUCAAAAGCUGUUAUUACGUUGGAUUUGGUUUCAGUCCUGUUGUCAAUGAUUACAAGAUUGUUAGAAUUUCGCUCUCUGAGUUGAAUGAUGAGGAUGGGAUUGUGGUUCUUGAUAACGUUAGGGUUAAUCGAGCUGAAGUGUAUUCUUUAAGAACCGGUUCUUGGAAAGAGAUUGAUGCCCUCGUUUUGCAAAGCCUGGGUCUUUGGUCUAAUUCUGUCACUAACAAUGGUGCUAUAUUUUGGCAAGCCACCAUGACCGAAUCUGAUCAUGAAUUUGUGAUUUCAUUUGACAUUGCAGAGGAAGUGUUUACCCUGUUAGAAGGUCCUCCAACUUCACCUGCUAUUUGUUAUAGCCAUGUCCUUGCAGUUCAUAAUGAUAAACUUGCUAUGUUUCGCUAUGCUGUUAUUGGGAACUAUGAAUCUUGUUCCAUUGAUUUGUGGGUGUUGGAAAAUAAUGGUACAUGUGCUGUGGCUGGUGAGAGUUGGAUUAAGAUGUAUAGUGUGAGGCCCCUUUCAGGAAUUUUGUAUCCACUGAGUAUUUGGAGAGAUUUAAUUGUUUGCUGGGAAGAAUCCGGUGGAUAUGGCGAUGAACACGGGGGAGUGAAAAUUGCUCUAUCCUUCUUCAAUCCUUAUAGCAAUGAAUUGAAGAAACUGCCUUCCCAUAGAGAGGAGUAUAGUUAUGCUUCCUUCAAUUAUGCACAGAGUCUUGUCUCAGUUGGCAAUGUUCAUCAUGAACAGUAAUAUUCAUAUUUCAUUUCAGUGUCUCUAUGUUUAUGGAGUUUGAUUGAAAUGUUAGCUUAUAAUGCUACAUAAUAUAGACUAGACUAAGUUAUGUUAUGUUGGUGACUCCAUAUAUGGUUUACAGAGUUUACAGAGGGGUUCAUGUAUGAUCUAUAAUGCAUGAUGUGUGAUUUUAAAUGAAGUUUUGAGCAAUC